CUCUUCCUAAAACCCUGACCUAAACCAGUGCGAACCAGAGCCGUGAUUUCGUCGCACCUCAGCCAAUAGCGUCGCAUUGCCUCCGCCGCCGAGCCGGAGCCGUAUCCACCCCCGCCAAGCAGCAGCCCGGAGGGUAGCGCUAUCGUCCGUCCGUCCGUGAUGGUGAAGUCGUACCUCCGGUACGAGCCAGGUCUCGUCUUCGGCGUCAUCUCCUCUGUCGACGCUAAUAUUGCCUACGAUCCCUCAGGGUUGCACCUCCUUGCACCGGCCCUUGACAAGUUUUUCCUCUGGAACCUCAAGCAAGGUCUCGCCUUUAAGACCUUCUCAUCCUCCACGCGCUCCUCCCAUACCCUCGCAGUCACCACAAUCGCCGCCUCUCCUUCCUCGUCGUCCACAUCUAUUGCCAGCGGGCACACUGAUGGGAGCAUUCGACUGUGGGACUGCGAGAAGGCUACAUGUGAGGCGACUCUAAAUGGCCACAAAACUGCUGUCACUGCCCUCCGCUAUAACCACCUCACCUCCCUCCUUGCUUCUGGUGGCAAGGACUGUGAUGUCAUCCUAUGGGAUGUAGUUGGUGAAGCAGGGCUAUUUCGGCUCCGUGGCCAUCGAGACCAGGUCACCGACCUUGUAUUUAUUGAUUCAGGAAAGAAGCUUGUCACUAGUUCCAAGGACAAGUUCAUGAGGGUUUGGGAUCUUGAGUUGCAGCAAUGUGUACAGAUAGUUGGCGGACACCACAGUGAAAUCUGGUCGCUAGAUGUUGAUCCUAUGGAAAGGUUUUUGGUCUCUGGAUCAGCAGAUUCUGAACUCAAAUUUUAUGAAAUAAAAAGGAACACUGAGGUGGUUGAGAAGGAAAGUAAGUGGGAGGUUUUGAAGAACUUUGGUGAAAUCCAAAGGCAGAGCAAGGAUAGAGUGGCUGCUUUGAGAUUUAACAAGUCUGGAAACCUUUUAGCAUGUCAGGUGGCUGGAAAACUUGUGGAAAUUUAUCGAGUUCUCAGUGAUGAUGAAGCAAAGCGGAAAGCCAAGAGGCGUCUUCACCGAAAGAAAGAAAAGCUUUUGACAAGAGAUGCAGCUGGAGGAAAUGAAAAUGAAGGGCUUGCAGAUUCCUUAUCCAGCCAGGAAUUUCAGCACCCCACUGUUGUGGUGUCAGAUGUGUUUAAGCUUCUUCAGAUGCUACGCUCAAGCAAGAAAAUUUCUUCUAUUGCUUUCAGUCCUAGUGAUCCCAAAGUUGGUCUUGCUACUUUAUCAUUAUCCUUGAAUAAUAACAUGCUAGAGACCCAUUUAGUUGAUUCUGAUAAGAUAUCCAAAUUGUAUUCAAUAGAGCUUCAGGGGCAUCGCUCAGAUAUCAGAAGUGUUACACUUAGCUCAGAUAAUGAUCUUUUGAUGUCAACUAGUCAUAAUUCUGUAAAGAUUUGGAACCCCACUACUGGAGUUUGCCUCCGCACCAUUGAGUCUGGAUAUGGACUGUGUAGUUCUUUUGUACCUGGAAACCGCUAUGCCCUAGUUGGAUCCAAAAGUGGAUCCUUGGAGAUAAUUGAUGUUGGUAGUGGGAGUUGCAUUGAAGUAGUAGAAGCUCAUGCUGAUUCCAUAAGAUCGCUUGUACAACUUCCAGAUGAAAAUGGAACUGUUGGCGGACAGGGCUUUGUUACAGGAAGUGACGACCGUGAUGUAAAAUUUUGGGAAUAUACCGUCAAGCAAAAAUCAGAUAAUGAACCUAAACAUCUAGGUGUGACAAAUGUGAGAACUUUGAAAAUGGAUGAAGAUGUUUUAGCAAUCUCUGUUAGUCCAGACUCUAAAUACCUAGCUGUUUCUCUGUUGGAAAAGUGUGCAAUCAAGGUCUUCUUCAUGGAUUCUUUAAAACUUUUCCUUUCACUUUAUGGCCAUAAGCUUCCAGUUCUCUGUAUGGAUAUUUCAUCUGAUGGUGAUAUUCUAGUUAGUGGCUCAGCGGACAAAAAUUUGAAGAUUUGGGGUCUAGACUUUGGCGAUUGCCACAAAUCUAUUUUUGCGCAUGCUGACAGUGUUAUGGACGUUAAGUUUGUUAGAAAUACUCAUUAUAUGUUUAGUGUGGGCAAAGAUCGACUUGUGAAAUAUUGGGAUGCUGACAAAUUUGAGUUGCUCCUAACUCUCGAGGGGCAUCAUGCUGAAGUUUGGUGCCUUGCUGUUAGCAGUCGUGGUGAUUUCAUUGUCACAGGAUCACAUGAUCGUUCAAUACGUCGUUGGGAUAGGACUGAAGAACCUUUCUUCAUAGAGGAAGAAAGAGAAAAGAGAUUGGAAGAGGUAUUUGAAUCUGCCUUAGACAAUUUAAAUGAAGACAGAUAUGCACCAAAAGAAUUGGUUCCAGAUGAGGGAUCUGUAGGUGUGCCUGGCAAGGAAACCAAGGAAACCCUGAGUGCGACUGACUUGAUCAUUGAUGCAUUAGACAUGGCAGAUACUGAAAAUAAACGGAUGGAUCAACACAAGGAAGAGCAGAUGGACAGUAAAGCAGUGUUUCAACCAAACAUAAUGAUGCGUGGUCUUUCACCAUCUGAUUUUGUUCUCCAAACGCUUGGAAAUGUUAACACCAAUGAUCUAGAACCAACACUUUUGUCAUUGCCAUUCUCUGAUGCUUUGAAGCUUAUGUCUUAUUUGAAAGAAUGGGUACGCAUCCCAGACAAGGUUGAGCUUGUUUGCAGGGUCACGACAGUUCUAUUGCAAACACAUCAUAAUCAGCUAACUACAGCUGUGGCUUCUAGACCAAUUUUGACCGUACUGAAGGACAUUCUUCAUGAGAAAGUUAAGGAGCGCAAAGACACAAUCGGUUUCAAUCUAGCCGCCAUGAAUCAUCUUAAGGAAUUGAUGUCCAUGAGAUCCGAUGCACUCUUCCAAGAUGCCAAGGCGAAACUCAUGGAAAUCCGUCAAUGGCAAUCCAAGCGUACGGACAGCGGGGAAGCAAAUAACAGCAGGAGGAAGAAGAAGAAACUAAAGCCUUCCAAUGGGGUCUAAAACUUACGUCAUUGAUGCAACAAAUAUACUGAUACAAGAUGAUAGUUCACCUCCUUAUCGGCCAACUGUUGCCUGAUGUAGGGAGAGCCUGUAGAAUUUUGAUAUGCUUGUAACUUAAAUUAUCUGUUCAGUAGGUAAAAUUUUGACACAUCAACACGUGUAGCAUCUUUCUGUCAUCAAUAACCAUUGUUCUAUUCAUUUAAAAGAUUUAAACAA